CAGGAUACUAGAACCCUGGAAGGAAAUUUGGACUACAGUUUUGCAUCUCCCCUCUGGCUUAAUACUAUCGGAUUAGUCUUCCAAGUCUCAGAUCUGUGGCAUGUCAUUGUGUUCCCUGUUCCAGUGAUCCAAGCACAAACCUAAGAGAGGAAGGACGCAUUGCUAAACAUGUGGGUGACUUCAGACGACACAGUAACUGAGAAAGGCUCAUGAGUUGUCCCUUUCACUAUUCUUUACGUAAUACUAGUCUGUGGGCUGAGUUAAAUUUCCCUUCCAAAGACUGAGAGUCUUACUUUCAAGAAUCCUCUCCCCUGCAGAGGCUGCUGCUUUCUAGAUUUGUUUGAAAACCAUCCUCAAGAAAGAUCUUGGGAAAUGGAGGACGAAGAAGGAUAUAUGUCGAUAGAACCUGGAAGAAGGGACUUGUAUAUUGUGCCCGUUCCACCAAAGACAGAAGGUUCCUCUUCAAAAUGCUGGAAAGCUACAAUGGCUGUGUUCUUGAUAGGAAGCGUUGCUCUGAAUGUGGCUCUAAUUGCCACCCUACUAGUUUUCCAGGUGGGAAACGUAACGGAUGGUUCCUGCCCAGCGACUCUAUCUAACUCAUGUGAAUGGAUCCCAGGCAAUCCAACAGCCCGCGUGACUUUGGAUCCUGACACUGCCCAUCGACGGCUUGUCAUCUCUAAGGAUCAGAAAAGUGUGAAAUGGGGUGAGAAGGAGCAGAGUCUUCCCAACAAUACACAGCGAUUUGAACAACGUGUUUGGGUGCUAGGCCAAAACGGUUUUGUCUCAGGAAGACAUUGCUGGCAGGUUGAAGUGAAGGGCAAGGGGGAAUGGGCUGUAGGGGUCGCCAAAAAGUCUGUGGAAAGAAAAGGGUUACCAGAAUUUAGCCCCAAGGCAGGCAUCUGGGGCAUGGGGGAAUACUGGGGAUUGGGCAAUUAUGUGGCUUUCACCUCCCCAACACAUACCCCACUUCACUUUGACAAGAGACCACGGUGGAUUCGUGUCUUUUUGGACUAUGCCGAUGGGAAGGUGGAAUUUUUCAACAUUGAAACCAAGGUUUCAAUUUACACUUUCUCUGGAGUGGCUUUUUCUGGGGAAACGGUUUAUCCCUGGUUCCGGGUGUGGGAGGGAACUGAACUUGUACUACAUCCCUGAGACAUGAGAAUUGGCUCCAAAGUAGUCCUGUGUCUAGAGUGGAAUAUUGUGAGUAUUCAUGCAGUAUCUCUCCACAUACAAGUGGGGUGGACAACUGUGUAUCUCUUCAUAGUUUUGGCGAUCAACUCCCAUCAACUCUAGUCAGCCUUGUCAGUGGCGGGGGAUUAUAGAGGAUACAGUCCAAAAGCAUUCAGAAGGCUAUACUUGCCUCAACAGUAUAGAAAAGCAUCAGCACAACUUUUAUAAUAAUAGAGGCCAAGAAUGAGAGGGGCAAUAACAAUGUAUAGUCUUUAUUCUUUAUCUGUGGAUUCAACUAUCCACGGCUUGAAAAUAUUCAAAAAUAUAUAAAUUCCCAAACCCAAACCUUGAUGGUGUUAUUUUAUCUAAGGGACACCAUUUUACUAUGCCUUUGUAUAUAACAGGGCUUGAGCUACCACAGAUUUUGGUAUCUACUGGGGUCCUGGAACCAAACCCCAAUGGAUACCAAGGGCCCACUGUAUUUCCUUCUUAAUUAUUACAAGGUGGCUUUGGCCAUGAUGAUAUUCUGACUCCAGAAAUUAACUCAGCCAAGUAGUCUUGUUUCUAGUCCUACAAUGUCUUUUCCCACAAGUCAGGAGUGGGCGGUUAGGAAUGUGAACUACUGGAACAGGGAAAUAUCAUAUCCUAUGAAUGCUUUGUUCUACCCCAAAGCAUUUUUUAAAAUAGUCUUGUGCUGUUCAGAUUCAAAUCUGAUUUUAACUUUUUUGUAAGUCUGAUGUUGGGAGAAAGGUGGAUUAUAAAUAAAUACACUUAAUUACUUUUUUUUAAUCAUGAAUACACAUUGUCUCUUCUUGCAAAUCAUCUCAAGGUGGCAUGUGAGGCAUUUUUUUAAAUGUUAGUUUCAUAUCCAGGCAGUUUUUAAUCAUGAAUUUUAAACAUCGAUUUUAUAUUUAAUUAUUGUCCUAUGUACUGUAAUAUAAAUAUUGU